UGCCGUCAAACACAACACAUUCUUCGCAAAUUUUCAAAAAGGGCUUCCAAGAAAACGAAUUUGUUCCACAAUAACCAAUUUCAAAAUGCAAAUUAAAUACAAUUUGGAAGAUGUAUCAUACAGCGCCAAUCUGUGGCUUCAAGCCGCUAUGCUAGUCAACGUUUAUAUUUCUUUAAUUUGGGGAAUACUCUAUGGCUUUUAUAUAUUCUACAAUUUGGAAGAAAUGCAAGACUUCUAUGGACGUUCGAUUAUAUUCGCUUAUAUAAUAUCGCUGCUAGCCGAGAUAUUUCGUUUGCGUGCAGGCUAUAAAGGCAAUUUGAUGGCAGAGAUUAGUGAAUUAAGCAUUUUUCUUGUGGCCACACCACUAAUACAACUACCCAUACUCGCUUUUCUUUUUCUCGCCGUCGAGGGUGACUGGGCGCUUAUAUAUGUAUUCAUUGGACUGAUAUUCUGUCUAAUGGUAGUGGAGUUAGUAGCCGGCGUGUGGACCUGGCAUACUUUCGCAAAACACCAGAAUGAACUGCAUAAAUUAAAGCGGCAAAUUGCAUGGCAAAUGCGAAACGCUGCGCAGCGAAAUGAAAAUGAUGAUCAAACAAGGAAUGUGCCAUAGUGUAAAUACAUAAAUGUUUAUUUUUUUCCUAUUAAAGAACUAAAAAUAAAUAAAU